UCCCCCAGGGCGCCAUUUACAUUAUGCAAAAGCUCCACCCAGGCUAGCUCCAGAGAGAAACCAGACAUCCUGGGUCCAACUGUGGGGCCACCUUUCCGGAAACCCACUUGGGAUUUUUGUUUUUUCCUGCAGAAAAAGCUCCAUGGCUGGCAUUUUAAACAAAACAGGUCUAUUUGCAUGCCUUCUGUUUGCAUACAUUUGUGUUUGGGCUAAAGGGAGCAACCCAGUGUAGCAAGGUGAAGCCAUAAUGAUUUGCUUAGAAUUUCAGUGUCAGAAAACUGAAGACUGGGGGGUAAGGAUGGGAUGGCAACUUAAACCACGUCACAUUCAGUAAACUGAGACCCAAGUAAAAAGUUCUAAAACUCACAGCUCCCUGAUAGCAAUUGUCCACAUGGCUCCCUUAAGGGCCCAGUCAAAUUGUGUCCCAGCCUCCCUUCUCCCCCGCAAAUGCCAAGGCUCCCUUCCUGAGCCAGGUGAAGCCAUAGGCACCAGAGGAGGAUGGAACCCACAACCGUCCAUAGGAAGGAUCACAGGGUGCCACCUGGUUUGCAUUGUUCCUGAGUGGGACCACCAGCCCGGAAGCAAACAGCCCUUCCAAGGGCGUGGAGCUGUGAAGUGUCUGCACAGCUGCCCUCUGUUCUAUUUAAACAACCGCCUCCUAAAAGGAUGCUGCUCGGCCAUGCUGGACACAGGGCCAGCAUGUUACUCCAGGCAACUUGCCUGAUCAGCCUGCAGCUGUCCAUCUCCUGCUGCUGGGCUUACAGCUGCCACACUGUGGAGUCCUCUCCUGACUUCAACCUCGCUGGGGAUUACCUCCUUGCAGGUCUGUUCCCUCUCCAUGCUAAAUGUCUACAGGUGAGACACAGACCAGAGGUGACCCUCUGUGACAGGCCCGGCAGCUUCAAUGGCCACGGCUACCACCACUUCCAGGCCAUGCGGUUUGCCAUUGAGGAGAUAAACAACUCCACGGCCCUGCUGCCCAAUGUCACCCUAGGGUAUGAGCUGUAUGAUGUGUGUUCCGAGUCUGCCAACGUGUAUGCCACACUGAGAGGGCUCUCCGUGCCAGGCACACACCAUAUAGAGAUCCAGGAGAACCUUCUCAACUAUUUCCCCAAGGUUGUGGCUGUGAUUGGGCCUGACGAUACCAACCGUGCUGCCACCACUGCUGCCCUACUCAGCCCUUACCUGGUGCCCCUGAUCAGCUAUGAGGCCAGCAGCGUGUCGCUCAGUGUGAAGCGGCAGUACCCCUCUUUUCUGCGCACUAUCCCCAGUGACAAGUACCAGGUGGAGACCAUUGUGCUGCUGCUGCAAAGGUUCCAGUGGGUCUGGAUUUCGCUGGUUGGCAGCCAAGGUGACUACGGGGAGCUGGGCGUGCAGGCGCUGGAAGACCAGGCCACCAAGCAGGGGGUCUGCAUCGCUUUCAAGGACAUUGUGCCAUCCUCUGCCUGGGUGGAUGACGAGAAGAUGCAGAGCAUGAUGCGCCACCUGGCCCAGGCCAGGACCACUGUCGUGGUUGUUUUCUCCAACCGACAGUCAGCCAGGGUGUUCUUCGAGUCUGUGGUGCUGGCCAACCUGACAGGCAAGGUGUGGGUCGCCUCAGAAGCCUGGGCCAUGUCCAGACACAUCACUGGAGUACCUGGGAUCCAAGGCAUUGGGAUGGUGCUGGGUGUGGCCAUCCAGCAGAGGCUUGUCCCUGGCCUGAAGGAGUUUGAAGAGGCCUAUGCCAGGGCAGACAAGGGGGCCCCUAGGCCUUGCUCCAAGGGCUCCUGGUGCAGCAGCAAUCAGCUUUGCAGAGAGUGUCAAGCUUUUAGGACACACUCGAUGCCCACACUCGGAGCCUUCUCCAUGAGUUCGGCCUAUAACACCUAUCAGGCUGUGUAUGCUGUGGCCCAUGGCCUCCACAAGCUCCUGGGCUGCACCUCCGGAGCCUGUUCCAGGGGCCAAGUCCACCCCUGGCAGCUUCUAGAGCAGAUCUACAAGGUGAAUUUCCUUCUACAUGAGGACACUGUGACGUUUAAUGACAAUGGUGACCCCCUCAGUGGCUAUAUCAUAAUUGCCUGGGACUGGAGUGGGCCCGAGUGGACCUUCACGGUUGUCGGCUCCUCCACAUGGUCUCCAGUUCGCCUGGAUAUAAAUAAGACCAAAAUCCAGUGGCAUGGAAAGGACAACCAGGUGCCUAAGUCUGUGUGCUCCAGUGACUGCCUUAAUGGGCACCAGCGAGUGGUUACAGGUUUCCACCACUGUUGCUUCGAGUGUGUUCCCUGUGAGGCUGGGACCUUCCUCAACAAGAGUGACCUCUACAGCUGCCAGUCUUGUGGGAAAGAAGAGUGGGCACCUGAGGCAAGCCAGACCUGCUUUCCACGCACUGUGGUGUUUUUGGCUUGGCACGAGAACAUGUCUUGGGUGCUGCUGGGAGCUAAUACGCUGUUGCUGCUGCUGGUGGUUGGGGCUGCUGGACUGUUUGCUUGGCAUCUAGAUACCCCUGUGGUGAGGUCAGCUGGGGGCCACCUGUGCUUCCUCAUGUUAGGCUCCCUGGCGGCGGGUAGCUGCAGCCUCUAUGGCUUCUUUGGGGAACCCACACUGCCCGCAUGCUUACUGCGCCAAGCCCUCUUUGCCCUUGGUUUUGCCAUCUUCCUAUCCUGCCUGACAGUUCGCUCCUUCCAACUGGUCAUCAUCUUCAAGUUUUCCACCAAGGUACCCAUGUUCUACCGUGCCUGGGUCCAAAACCAUGGUGUAUGUCUGUUUGUGCUGAUCAGCUCGAUGAUCCAACUACUUAUCUGUCUAACUUGGCUUACGGUGUGGACCCCAUUGCCCACCAGAGAAUAUCAGCGCUUCCCCCAGCUGGUGAUGCUUGAGUGCACAGAGGUCAACUCACUGGGCUUCAUGCUGGCCUUCGCCUACAAUGGUCUCCUUUCGGUCAGUGCUUUUGCCUGUAGCUACCUGGGCAAGGACCUGCCAGAGAACUAUAACGAGGCCAAAUGUGUCACCUUCAGCCUGCUCCUCUACUUUGUGUCCUGGAUCACCUUCUUCACCGUGGCCAGCGUUUACCAGGGCAAGUACCUGCCCGUGGUCAAUGUGCUGGCCGCGCUGAGCAGCCUGAGCAGCGGCUUCAGUGGCUAUUUCCUUCCCAAAUGCUAUGUGAUCCUCUGCCGCCCAGAUCUCAACAGCACAGAGCACUUCCAGGCCUCCAUCCAGGACUACACGAGGCGCUGAGGCUCCACCAAGCCUGCAGGCAGGACUGUGAGCCUUCCCUGGCCUGAAGGUCGAAGAUUGAGCAGGCGGGUGGUGUCCGAGAGGCCUUUGGGCUCCUCCGACCUGGGUUGGGAUGGCGCCCCGCCCCGGCCUGCGCGCCCUGACGUCACAUCCGACGCAGCGACGGCGGUGCCUCCGCACGGCGGGCCGGGCACGCACGGUUGGGCAGUUGGUUCGUGGGCUGUGGAGGCGACAGAGCGCGGGGCUGGUGGGGCCGUCGCAGGGAGGACAGGCCAGGGUGAGGAGGGCGAGGGGCGAGGGGGGAAGAGGCUGCAGGCUGCUGUGGCCGCUGACGGGAGUGUGGCCGCGGCCGCCUUCCGCCCGGUGGCUCAGGACCUGUGGGCGCGGCGUGGGCUCCGCUCACCUGUCUACGGCCGCCACCCUCCUCGGUCCAGGGCCCUCUUACUUGUGCCUAGCCCAUCAUUCGCCUGCGCCUCCGCCCCCUCUGGCGAAUCCAAUAUAGUCCCCGCCCCCCGAGGUUAUCGUUCUGUUUUUCUCCGCCUGUAA